AUGUCCACUCCAGACCAGAGCCACUACGAACUAGGUCGUUCCUAUGUUCUGGUGAACCACAGACACUCCCUUUCGACACAUCUGCCGGUAGUUUUGUCCGGAAAUGAGGUCCACAGGCAAACCGCGGACUUGGCCUCGAUUGGUGUUGUUGGAGACGAUCAGGAAGACGAUACGGGCUUUCUGGACGAGUACGUAUCAGAACAGGAACCCAUUCCCAUUGGCGAAGGUUCGCUGAAAAGCUUGAAAGAGCCGAUUUGGGAAGAUAGGUCCAGCAGCCUGCAUUCUCGUGAUCUGGCUCAAGAAGACGCAGAGUCCACCACGCCGCUAGUGGACAAAAACAAGAAAUUCUAUGUUGAUCUGGAUACUGUGGGCGAGGCUGGACCGGUCUACGGCUCCAUGGGUCCCGAUGCAAACUGGGCAGGCCGCCUAGAACAAGGUCCUUUGGACGCUGUUCCCCCAAAACCUUCUAUUAGAACACACUUGCUACGGCCUGUGCAAUACCUUCCAGCCGUGUUCUUGGGUGUGCUUUUGAACGUCUUGGACGGUCUUUCCUACGGUAUGAUCAUGUUUCCCAUUGGCGAGGCCUUGUUUGCAGACAUGGCACCUGCUGGUCUUUCGAUGUUCUACAUUUCCACCAUCGUGUCGCAAUUGGUGUACUCUCUCGGAGGCUCUGCUUUUAAAGCUGGUAUCGGCUCGGAAAUGAUUGAGGUGACGCCGUUUUUUCAUACUAUGGCGUUUUCCAUUCAGGCAGACAUGAAAAGCGGUUCACCAGACGUGGCGAAAGAAGCUAUCAUUGCAACCACAUUUGUCUCCUUCGCUGUAUCGGCUGUUGUCACAGGUAUCGUGUUCUUCCUCCUCGGUAAACUUCGACUCGGUGCCUUAGUCGGGUUCUUUCCAAGACACAUCUUGGUCGGAUGUAUCGGUGGUGUGGGUUACUUUUUGAUUGUUACAGGCAUUGAAGUCUCCUCGAGACUAGAAGGUGGUAUUCGCUACGACUGGGAAACAGCCAAGCUCAUUUUUGGAAACUACAUUACCCUUAUGCAAUGGCUUCUUCCAGUUCUUCUCACAGUGGUGCUUAUUUUUCUCCACAAGCGCAUCCACCACUCGCUUCUUGUGCCGGUGUACUUCAUCCUUGUAUUUGUGGUCUUCCAUAUUGUGGUUGCUCUUGUCACGAACUGGGAUCUCGACAAGGCCAGAAACUACGGUUGGGUCUUCCCCGCUGUGGUCAACCACGAUCCUUGGUAUGCUCAUUACAGCUACUUGCGGCCUUCUCUUAUUGACUGGAUGGCCAUCACCAAACAGUUCCCCAAGAUGUUGGCUCUCACAUUUUUUGGCAUUUUGCAUGUUCCCAUCAAUGUUCCAGCGCUCGCUGUGACAGUGGGAAUGGACCAGUUCGACGUCGAUCGUGAAUUGGUUGCCCAUGGUUUUUCAAACGCUAUUUCAGGCCUCAUUGGCUCCGUUCAAAACUAUCUUGUCUACACGAAUUCUGUACUCUUCAUCAGAGCCGGUGCAGAUGAUAGACUUGCAGGAGUGCUUCUCGCCAUAGCAACAGCUUGUGUAAUGAUGGCAGGUCCAGUGGUUAUUGGCUACAUUCCUGUCUGCGUUGUUGGCUCUCUUAUUUUCCUUUUGGGCUAUGAACUUUUGAAGGAGGCUAUAUACGAUACCUGGGGCCGUCUUCGCAAGAUCGAAUACUCCACAAUUAUUAUCAUUGUUGUUGUCAUGGGUGCCUGGGAUUUCGUGUACGGUAUUUUGGCAGGUAUCUUGCUUGCUUGUUUACUAUUCGUCAUUGAAGCUGCUAGAAGACCAGUUGUCAGAGGCAUCUACACCGGUGUGGUUGCUCGUUCGACUGUCUUGAGACAUCCAAAACAGCAGGAGUUUUUGAAGGACGUGGGCAACCAGAUUUGUGUUGUCAAGCUCCAAGGAACAUUAUUCUUUGGGUCUAUCGGUGGUGUUGAAAAGACCAUCAGAGCUCGCUUUGAGCAUGGAAAGUUCAACUUGAACCCCAUCAAGUUUCUCAUCAUCGAUAUGAAGGGUGUGGAUUCCAUUGACUUCUCUGCUGCUGAAGGUUUCAGAAGAAUCCUCAACUUGACACGAGAAUUCCAAACACAGCUUAUUAUCUCUUCUGUGGAAGAAAAUGACGAUAGUGUUACCGCAUUGCGAGACGCUGGUCUCUGGGACUGUGUCAAAUCGUCCUCCCAAACGCUUCAGGUCCAGAUGUUCAGCACAUUGAACUAUGCUCUUGAGUGGUGUGAAAACUCAUUCUUGAAAACUUACACCAAUCUUCAAGGUCUGACGCAUAGUGGAAAUCAUAGAAUGGCCUUGAGAGGUGUACCCUCGUCAAACAACCCAGACAAGCGUCAUCAUAGCAUGAGCAAGCUGGUGAUGCAGAAUUAUCCUCUCAAUUUCGGUACUCCAAGGACAAAGCAGAUCUACCAAGCCGCUACAAGGACAGCCAAUGAUGAGCAAAAAAUUCAACACAGGUACUACCUGAGCUCGGACUCCUCAUUUAAGAAGCAGCCAUUACCAUUGAUCAUGAUCACUUUUGGCGACCUCUCGAAUAAGGAUGAGAAGUUUUGGUCCAAGCUUGCCCCAUACUUCACGAAGGAGACCAUUCCUUCAGAUAUGUGUUUUUACGACACGAGCUGCAAGAGACCUUCCUUCUUCAUUCUCGAGUCAGGACUUGUGAGACAAAUCUGUAAGUUCGAAAGUGACGAUCGAGAAUUGCACUCCAGCAUUUUGCCCAACACUGCCUUUGGUGAUCUCCUUGAACUCAGUCAAUACAGACAAAUCACCUACACAACUGUUGUCGAAACUGUGGCAUGGCGUUUGAGUGAAAGGAAGAUCAAAGAGCUUCUCAAGACAAACGAGGGACAAAUCGUCUACAGUGAGCUUUUACAUGUGCAGACGAAGUUGUCUAAGGAGCGGUUCGAUUCUUUAACAGCGAACCUUGUGCUUUCAGCAUAG